CGGUCACAAUGGUCUCUGAUGGUCCCGUCGUCGGCGAGCAGCGUCGUCCAGCUCGCGAGAUCUUCUGAAGUCUCCACGGUGGAAGGCCGAGAUCUGGCGCAGACCGAUCGCACAGCAUCGACGACGACGACAACGACGUGGAGGAGGCUCGGCAAUCUCCCGCUGGUAUAUUAGAAAUUUAAUCGCAAAACACACUACCCAAGAUGACGGAAUAUUGGCUGAUUUCCGCGCCAGGAGACAAAACCUGUCAGCAGACAUGGGAGACUAUGAACAAUUUGACAUCCAAACAGCACUCUCUGUCGGUGAACUACAAAUUUCACAUCCCAGAUCUGAAGGUCGGCACGCUCGAUCAGCUGGUCGGUCUGUCGGACGACUUGGGCAAGCUUGACGGAUACGUCGAGCAAGUAACACGCAAAGUCGCGACGUAUCUGGGUGAGGUUCUGGAGGACCAGAGAGACAAGCUGCACGAGAACUUGAUGGCCAACAAUAGUGAUCUGCCAUCAUAUAUAACUCGAUUCCAGUGGGACAUGGCUAAAUACCCCAUCAAACAAUCUUUGAGAAAUAUCGCAGAUAUUAUCAGUAAACAAGUGGGACAAAUCGAUGCUGAUCUAAAAACUAAAUCCACGAUAUACAACAAUUUGAAAGGCAGCUUACAAAAUUUAGAAAAGAAACAGACGGGGAGUUUAUUAACACGAAAUUUAGCGGAUUUAGUGAAAAAAGAGCACUUUAUUCUGGACAGUGAAUAUUUAACUACUUUGCUCGUGAUUGUACCGAGAUCCAACUUUCAGGAAUGGUACGGUUGUUAUGAAAAACUGACAGAUAUGAUUGUACCGCGUAGUACACAACUCAUUACUCAGGAUUCAGAAUAUGGACUGUUCACGGUCACUUUAUUUAAAAAAGUAAUGGAUGAAUUUAAAUUGCAUGCUCGUGAAAAGAAGUUUAUCGUGCGAGAUUUUACAUAUAAUGAAGAAGAAUUAGCAGCAGGAAAGAACGAAAUUACGAAGUUGGUAACUGACAAAAAGAAGCAAUUCGGACCACUUGUCCGUUGGUUAAAAGUGAAUUUCAGUGAAUGUUUUUGUGCUUGGAUUCACGUUAAAGCCUUGCGUGUAUUUGUUGAAUCUGUUCUUAGAUAUGGCUUACCUGUCAAUUUCCAAGCAAUACUACUGCAUCCGCAUAAAAAGUGCGCGAGGAGAUUACGUGACGCUCUAAAUCAGCUUUACGCUCACUUGGAUUCAUCCGCUACUGGUUCAACAGCACAACAUAGUCAGGAUAAUGUGGAUAUACCAGGACUCGGCUUUGGCCAAAGUGAUUAUUUCCCGUAUGUCUAUUAUAAAAUCAACGUGGAUAUGGUUGAUAGUAAGGUCUAAUCAGAUAGAGCCUGCUUUUUUCUCCCAAACGUCGUACUUCCUUUUAUUUAUCCGGAUGAUAUAAUUCUAUUACAUCAGAAAUCUAGCGAUAGAUCUAGCGUACAAGUUUCUCACUUGUACUAAUAUGUAAAAAGAACACUGCAUUUCCUUCCGAUUUUUUUUUAGCUAUUACGUUUAUCAAUUACGAAUUGUAAUUUGCUACAAAUUACGGACAAAAUUGUCACGUAGUCUUUUGCAGAAAUAGUUAUUUUUCUAAACUGAAAUUGGAACGAUGUAUAAACUGUAAUAUUAUUCGAAACUAUGCAUAAUGAUUUGUGCAUUCCCUUAUACAUAUUGCCCCAAAGUAUUAAGCAUAAAGCAAGUGAAGUUAUAUACGAUAAAGAUUAUAAAUUCUCAGGCAAUUACCAUCAGUCACAUACUUUAGAGACUUGUAGUUACAAAUUUGGCAUCAAAUAUCUGUGACAGUAAUCUAAUUGACUCUGUUGAUAUACUCCUUGAUAUACUUGGAAAGAGCGCAACAUAUUUUACACACUAACGCGACAUAAAAAUGCAUACCAUUUCUAAGUAGAAUUGCUACCACAACAUGAUUAAUUAUAUCUAUUAAUCUGUUGUAUGCAGAAUUAAAGUGCUGAUCUUUUCAUUAAUAUGCAAGAGAUCAAGACUUGUGAAGAAAAAAAAUAUAUACACCUUGUUACUUCUUGUAAAAAACAUUCACACCAAGUGUGUCAUGUGAAUAUUUAAACGAAUUGUUAACUACAGUUAUAAAAAAAUGAAUAUCUUAUUGUUGAAUACUAAGUCAAGUUUCAUGUCAUGUAUUCUUAUAGUAUAUUUUAUUGUUUCAAACGAAUUUAUGGACUACAAAAGUUUCCCACGCGCGUAAUAUGUGCAGAUUACAUUAUGUAUUGUCUGUAUGGAAAACUCGUAUUAUCAUGAAAAAAUUUUAAUACAUUAUGAAUUCAAUUGAAAUAUAUUAUAUAAUAGGAAUUAGCACUCAAAUAUUUUAACAGAUGAAAGAUAUUUUAUGCUAACAGCGAAUUUAUCGUAAAAACAAUUAGUAAAAUUCUUUUAAAUUUUCUCUAUUUAAAAAUUAAAGUAAAAUUUGAGUUCCCAGAAAAUAAUGUUUUUACAUUAUUUUUAUUAAAUAUAAAUUUAUUAUUGAUUGUAUUUACUCAAAAAUGUAAACUACAUUUUUUAUCAAUUGUUUCAUUUGUAAAUUAAAUGUAGUUAUUUUUCAAUCGGCGCCAUUACGAACUGCACAAAAUAAGUCUCCUUUGUGAAUAUAUUAUAAACGUAUAUAUAUAUAUAUCACACACAAAGAUAUAUUUUCUGAAGAACAAUUUCAUGUUGUUAAAGCCAAGCUUAAUUUCUCACACUGAUUGUAAUGUAAAUUGCUUGUACAUAAGAAAAAUCCAUGUACAGAGACCAUGGUUUCAUAUUAUAUUUUGAGUUGCAAGAUCAUUUGUAAAACGCAGACCAAUGUACAAUAUUUUAAUUAAGCAUAUAUCAUACUAGCAGAAAUCGAUGACAAUACUGAUUAAAUGUUGUCUGCUCGUUAAGCCUACAUAAAGAAGCGAGACCUGGCAUGUAAUAAAAAAGGAAAGGAGAGAUAUAUGUAUACACAUAUAUAGAUAUACACAUAUAUAUGUAUACACAUACAUAUGUAUAUGUAUAUAUAUAUUGACAGUUCAAUUAUGUAGAUACAUUAAAAAAAAAAGAUCAUACAGUCAAUUGACUUUUGCGAAUUGUAUAGGUAAAUGUAAUUGUGUAGAUAAUAAAUAUUAAGUUUAAUUGUCAGCA